GUAAGCUGUAAAGGCGGAACUGAAGUGGGAAGCUGGGCUGCGGAGGUGGAUCGUGCGGACACUUAUUGUUGUGGGACCGAGUGGAGCGUGCGGCGUUGGCAGCGCGAGCGGAGGGGCCGAGGUAACGGUUAGUCGGAGAGUCAUGGACGGGCGCAGAGGGACCUGCAGCUCUCUGAAUGAGAUGGAAGACUGUAACCUUGCUAUGUAAUAGGAUGUGCUGCAACCUUUAACAAUGUGCGUGGACUAAAUAUGUAGACUUGGCAGUAAUGACGUGAAGUGGAUUUGGCACCUACUCACUUAUCGAACAGCCACACUUGGGCAAUCUUCCUUUGGUUGCACAGAAGUGUUACUAUAGCUAGCAGUCUGGCAGCUAGUUAUUAGACCUGAACAAUUAUGUCUGCUCAUGGCCUGGAUUCUCAUAAUUUUUUUCUUGGUUCGGAGGAUACGGAAUUGUUGCAUCAAAUGAAACCUCAAGAAUUUGAAGAUUUUGAUCAAGAUGAAGAAUAUGAUUCUCCACCAGAAAGGCAGAUUGUGGUUGGAAUUUGUGCCAUGGCCAAGAAAUCAACAUCAAAGCCAAUGAGUGAGAUUCUAGGGCGACUUUGUAGGUUCAAGUACAUCACUACUGUGAUAUUUGAAGAGGACACUAUUCUAAAUGAACCAGUGGAGCAAUGGCCGCUUUGUGACUGCCUCAUUUCUUUCCAUUCAAAAGGAUUUCUGUUGGACAAAGCAGUAGCUUAUGCGAAGCUCAGGAAUCCAUUUGUUAUUAAUGAUUUGAACAUGCAAUAUAAUAUUCAAGACAGGAGAAAAGUUUACCAGAUUUUGAAAGAAGAGGGGAUUGAGUUGCCACGCUAUGCAAUACUGAAUCGUGAUCCAAACAAGCCAGAAGAAUGUAAUUUGGUAGAGGGUGAAGAUCAUGUUGAGGUAAAUGGAGAUGUCUUUCAAAAACCAUUUGUGGAGAAGCCAGUGAGUGCUGAGGACCACAAUGUUUACAUUUACUAUCCAACAUCUGCUGGUGGAGGAAGCCAAAGACUGUUUCGAAAGAUUGGCAGCAGAAGCAGUGUUUAUUCCCCUGAAAGCAGUGUCCGGAAAACAGGCUCUUAUAUAUACGAACAGUUUAUGCCAACAGAUGGAACAGAUGUGAAGGUUUACACGGUUGGUCCAGAUUAUGCACAUGCAGAGGCCCGCAAAUCUCCUGCUCUUGAUGGUAAGGUUGAACGAGACAGUGAAGGAAAAGAAGUUCGCUAUCCUGUCAUUCUAAAUGCGAGAGAGAAGUUAAUUGCUUGGAAAGUCUGCCUUGCUUUUAAACAAACUGUUUGUGGCUUUGACCUGUUACGAGCUAAUGGCCAAUCCUAUGUCUGUGAUGUUAAUGGCUUUAGCUUUGUUAAGAAUUCCAUGAAGUAUUAUGAUGAUUGUGCAAAGAUUUUGGGAAAUAUUAUUAUGCGGGAGUUAGCUCCACAGUUUCAGAUUCCGUGGUCUGUCCCAACUGAGGUGGAGAACAUUCCUAUCGUACCCACUACAUCUGGCACUAUGAUGGAGCUUCGUUGCGUAAUAGCAGUCAUUCGGCAUGGGGAUCGAACUCCCAAGCAAAAAAUGAAAAUGGAAGUCAGGCAUCAGAGAUUUUUUGAACUGUUUGAAAAAUACAAUGGAUACAAAGCAGGAAAAAUAAAGUUAAAGAAGCCGAAACAACUGCAGGAAGUCUUGGAUAUUGCAAGGCACCUUUUGGCAGAACUGGGCCAGAAUAAUGAUUCGGAAAUAGAAGAAAGUAAAUCAAAACUUGAACAACUGAAAACGGUGCUUGAGAUGUAUGGGCAUUUUUCUGGAAUAAAUCGUAAAGUUCAGUUGACAUAUCUACCUCUUGGAUGUACAAAGACUUCAAGUGAAGAAGAUGACAAUAAGAGAGAAGAGCCUUCACUACUGCUGGUAUUAAAGUGGGGUGGAGAACUGACACCAGCAGGCAGGGUCCAAGCUGAAGAACUGGGCCGUGCUUUCAGGUGCAUGUAUCCAGGAGGACAAGAAAUUGAGAUCCAUGAUGAGGGACAGCAUGAACAGGAGUGGAUGGAAAGACCCAGACAUGAGGAAAGCAGAGGCGAGAAACACGGAGAUUAUGCAGGGUUUCCCGGUUGUGGUUUGCUCCGGUUACAUAGUACAUAUCGGCAUGAUCUAAAGAUUUAUGCAUCGGAUGAAGGGAGAGUUCAGAUGACGGCAGCAGCCUUUGCUAAGGGAUUGCUAGCUCUGGAAGGGGAGUUAACCCCAAUUCUUGUACAAAUGGUUAAAAGUGCUAACAUGAAUGGCUUGCUAGACAAUGACAGUGAUUCCCUGAGUAGUUGCCAACAACGGGUUAAAGCUCGGCUUCACGAGAUCCUACAGAAAGACCGAGACUUCACCACUGAAGAUUAUGAGAAGCUUGCUCCUACAAAAAACAGUUCUAUAAUUAGGUCGAUGCAGCUAAUCAAAAACCCUGUAAAGACCUGUGAUAAGGUUUAUGCCCUAAUUCAGAGUCUGACAUCCCAAAUUAGACAGAGGAUGGAAGAUCCCAAAUCAGCUGAUAUUCAACUUUACCAUAGUGAAUCGCUUGAGUUGAUGUUGAGAAGAUGGGCUAAAUUAGAAAAGGAUGUCAAAUUGAAGAAUGGGCGUUAUGAUAUCAGCAAAAUUCCUGAUAUCUACGACUGCAUAAAGUAUGAUGUUCAACACAACAGUUCCCUACAACUGGAGAACACAAUGGAACUGUACCAGUUAUCAAAGUCUUUGGCCGACAUUGUGAUACCUCAGGAAUAUGGCAUCACCAAGGCUGAGAAGAUGGAUAUUGCCAAAGCAUAUUGUACUCCUUUGAUAAGGAAAAUUCGUUCUGACUUGCAAAGAACUCAGGAUGAUGAUACUGUUAACAAGCUCCAUCCACUAUACUCGAGAGGAGUCUUAUCACCAGAGCGGCAUGUCCGUACCAGGUUGUACUUUACAAGUGAGAGCCAUGUACACUCUCUUCUCUCUAUAUUGCGCUAUGGGGCCUUGUGCAACGAAGUCAAAGAUGAGCAGUGGAAAAGGGCAAUGGGUUAUCUGAACUAUACCAGUGAGCUCAAUUACAUGACACAGAUUGUUAUCAUGUUAUAUGAAGACCCAAAUAAGGAUCCUUCUUCAGAGGAACGCUUUCAUGUUGAAUUACACUUCAGUCCUGGUGCUAAAGGAUGUGAGGAAGAUAAAAAUCUUCCAUCAGGUUUUGGAUACAGACCAGCCUCUCGUGAGAGUGACAAUGGAGGCAAAACCUUCCUGGCAAAUGAAAAUGAAGAGGAUUCAGUUUCAAGAAGGGAAGAUGCUGAAAAAAACACUUGGUUGUUCAGGCCAAUGGUUUCUGAUCCCAUUCACAUACAUCGAAAAUCCCCACAGUCACGAUCCAAGAAAAUAGGUUCAGUGGAAGAAGAGAGCCCCCUGAGUCUGUCUAGCCCAGAGUGUAGUGGUACCUGGAUGCAUUACACUAGUGGUGUGGGUGCUGGGCGUCGAAGACGCAGAUCAGGGGAACAAAUCACUUCUUCCCCUGUAUCCCCCAAAUCAUUGGCUUUCACAUCAAGUAUUUUUGGCUCAUGGCAACAGAUUCUCACUGAAAGCAAUCCUGCUUUACGAGCUGGAAGACCCCAUGCAGAGCAGAAAUACACUGGACUUGGGUCUCAUUGUGCAGGCCUGUUUAGCACUACUGUGCUUGGGGGUUCCUCGAGUGCACCUAACCUACAGGAUUAUGCUCGUGCGCAUCGUAAAAAGCUGACAUCAUCUGGCUACUUUGAUGACGCCACACGCAGUUCUGCUGUAAAAAGAUUUUCUAUCUCAUUUGCUCGACACCCAACCAAUGGAUUUGAGCUUUAUUCAAUGGUGCCUUCCAUUUGUCCUCUUGAAACUCUUCAUAAUUCCCUUUCUCUGAAACAAGUGGAUGAAUUUCUUGCAUCGAUUCCUGAAAGCAAUGUCUCUUCUGACACAUUUUGUAUACCCUCAGCUCCUGGAAGUCUAUUUGCUCUGGGUAGAAGGCUUUUAAAUACAUAUACACCCAGAAGGAUACUUCCAACACCUCAACCAUCAGAUCAAGACAGUAACAGAUCUAUAUUCUCCAGUAGUGGAUCUUCCAGUAAUAUGUCUAUCGCAGGGCCAUCGUUACCAGCAGAAAACACACACUUCAGUGGCCUAAGUGACAACUCCAUAAAAGCUAAAGAUGAUCAAAGCUGUUGAAUAGAAAAUUGCCUCAAUGUAAGCUGGUUCACAACUUGUACUACAUGGAAGUAAAUGAGCAUAAAGUGAACCUUUUAAAAAAAAUGUAUUCUCGGUGUCCAAAUACUUAAGUAAAUCAGAAAAUAAAUACUGCCCCUUAAUCAUCUGUGCCAAGACAGUCAUAUGAAAAGUUAAUGCUAAGUUUGAUGGAAGAUUGAUCACACAUUUGUCAUUUUUUGAACUUUGGUAUACAUGACUGAGGUUAAUGUGGUGCUACAUUUGAUUCUAUUUUAUUCAUCAAUGUAGCAUUUUGAAAAGAGCUGAAACUGCAAUGGAAAGUUUCCUGUCUAGUGAAAUUCCACAUAAAAGCUAAAACUCAAAUAUGUAGUCUCAAUUUGAAUUUCCUUUAUGUGCUCAGCUUUAUUCAGUUAUAAUGUGACUGUUUAACUAAAAUGUGACACUUUGUAUUUCAUAAAGUUGCAUAUUUUUACUAAAAUCCCAUUAUGUUAAAAAAUGUUACAAACACUUAGCUCCCUUAAUGGGUAAUUUUAUUCCCUAUAAUAUCUCAACUCAGUUUUUAUAAGUAGGGAAAUUCAUACAAAAUGCCAUGAAAAUCCAAUAAUUGUUCUUUGUUCCAUCUGUUUAUAUUUCAGUUUGUUUUUCCAUUCACAAUGUUUUCUCAUUUUGUCUCUCUGAAAAGAUUUGUGCCCAAGUUAAAAUUGAAAAAGUGAACGGACUAUUGCAAUUCGCGCAUUACAAGAAAAGUUAGUGAUUUGCAUAAUUCUGAGGGAGGUACAUUGAAAUAUGGUUCAUAGAUUCCUUAAACCCUUUUUAAAUAAUAUUGGUUGCUUCAGUCUUUGAUUAUGCUCGUCAUAACCAAGGUUUUAAAUGCAUGUCUAUGUUCAGACUCCCAAUAACAAUGUUACUGUGUUUUCACCCUGAAAUUGACUAAUAAGAUUUUUGUUCCUAAAUUUGGAUGUGCAAUUUUGACAAAUUUAAUUCUGUUCUUUUCAGAGAGAGAGUUUAACAGUAAUUUUGAGCUAUGGUACUUGAUGGACACUUUUGUAAAGGACAAUUACACUGACAUAUGUAUUUUUACUCUGAAGAAUGUGAAUAUAGCUUUAUUUUUUGUCCCUUAGUUGAAUAUUGCUUAACAUGCAAAUAUAAUGUUUUACAGUUUAAGUGAGACUGUUUACUAGAAAUUGUCAUGUCACAGAUUUAGCUGCAAACUAUUGAAGAUCUACAUUAUUUACAAAAUGUAAAUCUAGUCUAUAUAUGUUUUUAUAUGAAAUGGAUUACAGAUAUGUUUUAUAAAGGGGUUUAUGCAUGUGUAUAUAUUGCUCAAUACUUUAUUUUAAUGUUUAUGUGCUAUGUGUUGAAGAACUCAAAACUUUCACCUAUACAUUGACUUUGACUUUGUGUUCUGUUGUGUUCACAUGAAAUUGCACUGUGCAAAAAGUCUUGCUUUGUUGGAACUGGAGAGGAGUAAAACCUUUCUUAGGACUCCUGGGGUUGUGAAAAGUGCUAUUUAAAUACACCUUGUGUUUUCAAAGAUAUGUGUAAGAAAUUCAUUGGGAGAAAAAAUAAUGAAAAUGCCAAAUUAGCUAGGAGAAAAAUAUCAGAGACACUUAGGAAUUAUGGGCUCAGUUGGAACUACACACAACCUGUUAAGAGCAGCAAAUCUGCAGAGAUGUUGUACCCUUGUCAAUUUUGAGAUGAAAACUCAAGAAAAGUCUUCUGGAAAAUUUAUGGCUUUAUAUACUUAUGAAUUCUGUGAAGCAUUGAGCAAUGCCAUGUCCAUUUAUAUCCAUUAAACAUGAGAAUAUUUGAGCUCUUACCUAAGUAUGUUUUCUCUAACUUUAGAGGUUUAACUGCAAUUUCAGAUUGCAGUGAGAAUUUGCAAUGUUUUGAGCCACAUAUGUUUUGUUCUUGUAAAUUAGUCAUUGCAUUAUACAUGUAUCAAGUUGCCAAAUAAAGUAGCCUCUACUGAACCCAUCUUUAAAGUA